AUGAACGGAAAAAAGGCUUCAACUAUUGCAACAAAUGGAAAAAUUCCUGCUCCAAAAAGUGGAAACAAAAGCAAAGUUAAAGAGGAGCCGGAUGUCUCAAUGGAAGACGCAGAGUCUACAGGAUCCGAAAGUGAUGUACCUCUUGCCCACAGGAGGCCUACAUCAAAUGGAAGAAAAAGAGGCACAGUAAACGGACAAAAUACGGCCGUGAAACAAGAAGAGAAAUCCGAUUCCGACGAUCAUUCGAAAGUGCCCGGCCGUAGAAAAAUUCGUGUAAUACUCUCUGAAUCUGAAAACCUUUCAGGAUCCGAUAGUGAUGUGCCACUUGCAAAACUGAAAGCAAAAGGCUCAAAAUCAGAAGAUAAUACUUUGAAUAAGAGCAAAUCUUCAAGUUCUUUGACGAAAGAACAGGGAGAUAACAAAAAGGCAAAAAGGAAAAGGGUAGACUCCAGCGACUCGGAAUAUGACGACAAGAAUACAGCAACAAAGAACGGUUCCAAAAAAUCAAUUAAAAAGGCGAUAAACUCCCAGAAUAUGGAGGAUAUUGGAAUGAAAGUAUCCGUAUCUGAUGAAGAAGACAUUCCAAUUAUUAAAAGGAAAGGCAAGACAAAUGGGAAAAAGACGACUAUAAUUAAAAAAGAGUCUGAAGAUUCCGAUAGUGAUGUCCCAUUGGCCAAACUGAAGUCUGGAAAAGGCAAAGCUGCGGAAAACAAGGCAAAAACAGGCACUGGCAAAGAAGCUGAAAUUAAGCUAGAUAAAAAAUCACAAGUAAAGGUCAAGAGAAAACGAAAUGAUUCAGACUCCGAAGCUGACAAUAAAAAACAAACUGCUAAGACCGCUUCCAAAAAUGUAGCAAAUACCAAAAAAUCCGACACACAACGCAAAAAGAAAAAAGAAGAUUCACCAGAUGAGAGUAUGUCUGCAAAGAAACGAGGGAAACAAAAAGUGAAGGAAGAAGAUUCCGAUAAUGAGGAAGACGAAGAAUUUAAAUGGUGGACCCAACAGAACGACAAUAAUGACGGAACCGAUAAAUGGACUACAUUGGAACACAACGGCGUAUACUUUCCACCACCAUAUGUUCCACAUAAAGUUAAAAUGAAAUAUGAUGGAAAAGAGGUUACUCUGGAACCUGAAGCUGAGGAAGUCGCCAGCUUUUAUGCUGCUAUGUUGGGUACCGAUUAUGUCACUAAUGAGACAUUUAAUAAAAAUUUCUUUAAGGACUGGAUUAGAGUCUUAAAGAAAUCUAAAAAUAAUCCCCCAAUCAAAGAUUUUGAAAAAUGUGAUUUCACUCCAAUUUAUGAAUAUUUCGAACAGGAAAAGGAACGAAAAAAGAAUAUGUCUAAAGAAGAAAAGGCAAAAUUAAAGGAAGAAAAAAUCAAAUUGGAAGAAAAGUACGGGUAUUGCUUGCUAGAUGGACGUAAAGAGAAAGUCGGUAAUUUCCGUAUUGAACCUCCUGGUUUAUUCAGAGGGCGCGGUGCGCAUCCUAAAACUGGAUCUUUGAAAUUACGAGUUCAGCCCGAACAGGUAACAAUUAAUAUUGGUAAAGGUGCCAAAAUUCCAUCACCACCGGAGGGUCAUAAAUGGGCAGGUGUCAUCCAUGAUCCCACAGUUACUUGGUUAGCGACCUGGAAGGAGAAUGUCAAUGAUAACAUUAAAUAUGUUUUCUUGGCUGCUAAUAGCUCUUUGAAAGGUCUAAGCGACAUGAAAAAAUUUGACAAAGCGCGCGAGUUAAAAAACACAGCCACACGCCAAAUGGCUACAGCUAUGUAUCUGAUUGAUCGUUUGGCUCUCAGAGCUGGUAAUGAGAAAGAUACGAAUGAAGAAGCCGAUACCGUUGGUUGCUGUUCCCUUCGUCCUGAACACGUAAAGCUUAUCCCUCCAAACACAGUUACAUUUGAUUUCUUGGGUAAAGAUUCUAUUAGAUAUAUCAACACAGUAGAAGUUGAAGACCAAGUUUUUAGAAAUCUUUCAAUAUUUAUGAAAGGAAAGGAUGAACCAGAUGACUUAAUAUUUGAUCGAAUAAAUACUCAGGAAUUAAAUAAGCAUUUGUCUUCAUAUAUGAAAGGACUUACAGCCAAAGUGUUUCGUACGUAUAAUGCGUCGUACACUUUUCAAACACAGUUAAAAGAAUUAACUAAAGGGGACAGCUCGAUAGCUGAAAAAACAUUUGCUUAUAAUCAAGCAAAUCGUCAAGUAGCUAUUCUUUGCAAUCAUCAACGGUCUGUUAGUAAAGCUCAUGGAAACCAAAUGAGCAAGAUUGAAGAUAAGAUAAAAGCUCUUAAAUAUCAACGCAUGAAACUUAAAAAAUCCAUAUUAACUUUGGAGCCGAAAUUAAAGAAGAAACGAUCCGACCUUCUCGUGGAAGAAUCUGAUCUUGAUGAAGAAUGGAUAAUUGAAUAUGAAAAACAAUUGAUGGAAAAAGAACGUGAAAAAGUUCAAAUUGAUCAAAAGGAGAAAGAACUCGAAAAAGAACGCACUUCUGGUAGAGUCGAACCAAAAAAAGGCUUAACUGUGGAGAAAGCAGAUGAAAAAAUCCAAACUUUGACUGCGAAAAUCAAAGAGACAAAACUUUUAAAAGAUGACAAAGAAUCAAAUAAGACUACGGCAUUAGGUACUUCUAAGAUUAAUUACAUUGACCCUCGUAUCUCUGCCGCUUGGUGUUUAAAGUAUAAAGUGCCUUAUGAAAAGAUUUUCAAUAAGAGCUUGCGUGACAAAUUCAAGUGGGCUAUGGACGUAGUUGAUGCGGAUUGG